AUGCGCUUGCUGUCGCUGUUGCGUGCCAGUACGCUGAUCUCAGCGGUAUGCGCGCAUGAUGUUCAUGAGCGCGACCUUCCCCCUCCAGUUGCCAUCAACGACCAGACGUACACUCAAUGCGCCAAUGCAGCAUGGCCGCCCUCAAAUGUCGGUACUGAACUCGUUCCGCAAACUCCGGAUGAUGAGAUGCGUGCAAUCUUAGAUGAAGUGAACGCUGCCAAUAUCCAAGCCACCAUCGAGAAGCUUGUCUCUUUCGGAACUCGCCAUACCCUUGCAACAUACAAUAGCUCAACGCGUGGUAUCCAUGCAGCCAGGGACUGGAUUGCUUCUGAAAUGAAAAAGUAUGCCGAUGAAAGCAAUGGGACCAUGACUGUCGAGGUCCAGAGCUACGUUCAGGGCGUGGCCAGCAGGAUCCCGUUCCCAGUCACUAUCUCGAACGUCUUAGCGACCGCCAAAGGAAGCCAGGAUCCAAGCAGGGUAUACGUCAUGACCGGGCACUAUGACAGUCGCGUCACCGACGUCCUCAACUACGAAGCCGAUUCACCUGGUGCCAAUGAUGAUGCUAGUGGGACAGCUAUUGCCAUGGAGAUUGCUCGUAUACUAUCUAAGCAUCAACCAAAAUCUACUAUCAUUCUGGGUGCUGUUGCUGGCGAAGAGCAAAACCUCUAUGGCUCCACUUACCUUGCCGAGACACUACGAAAUUCUAGCACCAACGUCGAAGGCAUGUUGAACUGCGAUAUCGUGGGGUCCUCGACUGGCGACCGUGGACAAAAGGACCCCUUUACUAUUCGCGUUUUCGCAGAGGGCGUAUCGCUGACGGGAACUGACAACCUUACACCUGCUCGACGCCUUCAAAUCGGUGGCGAUAGCGACACCUCUGCACGAGAGCUCGCACGUUUCUCCGCUGAAGUUGCUGCUAAUGAUGCCACCGGUAUGAAUGUUGCUAUCAUCUACCGUCUGGACCGCUUCCUGCGUGGUGGCGACCAUACCGGUUUCCUUCGCGCUGGGUAUCCUGCAAUUCGUUACACGGAACCCAACGAGAACUUUGCUCAUCAGCACCAAGACAUCCGCACUGAAAAUGGGACUGUAUAUGGUGACCUGGUUGAGUUUGUCGACUUUGAGUACACAGCACGCGUUGGCAAAGUUAAUCUUGCUACACUUUGGUCGCUCUCGCAAGCUCCCGGCAUGCCGAAGAACGUAACCAUUGACACAACCGUACUUGAUAACAACUCGCGGAUCAAGUGGAUCAAAUCCGAUAGUCUUGAUGUGGCUGGGUAUGAAAUCGUCUGGCGGUCCACAACAGCCAGCUUGUGGACACACACAGUUGAUGUGGGCAACGCCGGCUCUGUGGUUCUUCCACUAAGCAAGGACAAUGUCAUCUUUGGUGUUAGGACGGUUGGUACUAAUGGAUACAAGAGUCAAGCUGUCUAUCCCAUUCCUGGAUAA